GCGGACGAUGACGUUUUUUACCGGAAGACUUGCGCGCAUGCGCUGUCGACUUCAACGCGAGGAGUAGGUACCGGGCCACGGCGCAAACCGCAUAAAUAAAACGAGAUGGCUGGAUUGCCCCGCAGGAUUAUUAAGGAGACGCAGCGCUUGUUGGCUGAGCCUGUGCCUGGAAUCAGAGCGGAGCCUGAUGAAGGAAACGCUCGAUAUUUCUACGUGGUGAUCGCUGGGCCGCAGGAUUCGCCCUUUGAGGGCGGGACGUUCAAACUGGAGCUGUUCCUCCCAGAGGAGUAUCCCAUGGCUGCUCCCAAGGUCCGAUUCAUGACCAAAAUCUACCAUCCCAAUGUGGACAAGCUGGGCAGGAUCUGUCUGGACAUCCUGAAAGAUAAAUGGUCUCCAGCUCUUCAGAUCCGUACAGUGCUGCUCUCUAUCCAGGCUCUACUAAGCGCUCCGAACCCUGAUGAUCCGCUGGCUAAUGAUGUCGCUGAACAGUGGAAGAGCAACGAGGCUCAAGCCAUUGAAACAGGUAAGACCUAUGAGAUAUAUAUAUAUAUAUAUUAG